CCCCCCCCCGCAGCGGGGCACGAUGGUCGGCUCCCAGGCGGGGCCUCCGCGAGCGGCUGGCGGAAGGAGUUUGCGCGGCGCCGGCUACGGGCUUACGGAAGUUUCUGUAGGUUCUCUGCGCUACGGCAGCUGUCCCGUGGUCAGAGAGCGCUCUUCGCCUCGGCCGCGCCCGGCUCCUCCCGCCUGCCCCAGGCCGAGCGCUGGCGCCAUGUCGGCCUACACCCGAAGCUACAACCCGUUCGACGAUGACGCGGAGGACGAGGGCGUCCGGCCGGCGCCGUGGACGGACAACCGCGACCUCGCGGACUGGCCCGGCGCUCCCGCCGACCGGCAGCAGGCCCUGCGGCAGGAGGUGCUGCGCCGGGCCGAGGCCACGGCCGCCAGCACCGGCAGGUCCUUGUCCCUGAUGUACGAGUCCGAGAGGAUCGGGGUCGCCUCCUCCGAGGAGCUCGUGCGCCAGCGAGGGGCCUUGGAGCGCACAGAGAAGAUGGUGGACAAGAUGGAGCAGGAUCUGAAGACCAGCCAGAAGCACAUCAACAGCAUUAAGAGUGUGUUCGGGGGGCUCGUCAAUUACUUCAGAUCCAAACCCACAGAGACCCCACCUGUGCAGAAUGGCACCCUCGCCCCCCAGCCUAGCAGCAGGUUGAAAGAAGCCGUAAGUACAAGUAAAGACCAGGAGGCACAGUACCAGGCCAGCCACCCAAACCUCAGGAAGCUCAAUGACUCAGACUCCAUCCCUGGAGGGGCCGAUUCUGCCUUGAGCUCCGAGGCUUACCCAAGGAACCCGCACCUGCGCACCUGUCACCAGAGGAUCAACAGCAACCUCGAUGAGCUGUCCGUGGGCCUGGGCCGGCUGAAGGACAUCGCCCUGGGGAUGCAGACGGAGAUUGAGGAGCAGGACGACAUUCUUGACCGCCUCACAACCAAAGUGGACAAGUUAGACAUCAACAUCAAGAGCACAGAGAGGAAAGUUCGGCAGCUUUGAAGACGGAGGCGGAUUUCCACUCCAUCGCGAUGAAAAGAUUUGAAAGCCGCCCUGCGAGUCUGACCCACAUCACUGGGAAUGUCACAGGGUGUGCGGAUGCUGUGGAAGAUAAUCAGACCCACAUCUGCUUAUCACGAGCCCAUCAUGGUUGUUCUCCUGGUAAGUGGAAAAAGGAAAAAUUUUACAUGUCCACCAGGCCCACACUGAAUGAGUUCACAGGGCCUCCAGCAAAAAGGCUGCUCCGAAGUGUGACACCAGGAUGCAGGGCAGCCCGGGGGUGCCUGUCCACCCGGCAUCGUUCCCGGGUUUUCCUCCAUGACGCCGCCUUCCUCAACGGGUGUCAGGGUAACUGUUCCUGCUCCUCACCCUCGGGCAUAGACACGUGGAGAUUAGCACACCUAGACCUGAGCUUCUCCAUUCGAAUAAACACAGACAAAGGCCACUGCCAAACACUGUCUGCAGCCCUCCUCUCACAUAAUGGGGUUAGUGAUUUAACCAAUUUGAAGCAAAGUAGCACCUUAUUUUGUGUCUUUUGUUGGAUUGAUGAAGCCGAUCACCACCACCCCCUUUUUUACCCCAAGCUGUGGAGGGAGAGUUUCCCUCACUCUUCUAGAAACGUUUCCCUCGCACAUGUCUCCCCGUAUAUUUGGUUCUGUUCUUGUUCACAUCCCUCAUUCUAAGGCCUGGGCCAAGGGCCUGUCUCAUCCUCGUGCUGGGCAGCAUCUCUGCCGGGUCCCCACCUGCUCCCGCACCCACUGAGGGCCAGUGGCUGCUGCUUCACACAGCAGAGCUGCUCACACUCUCAGAGAACAAAGGAGGACCAGAGGAGCCUCCAGGACCUGCGUGUGGUGACGGUGAGCAGAGGAAAAACUCUGCCCUCUGGACACACGUGUCAGGGAGACACAGGGGUGCCCGGCUGGGGUUGUCCUUCUUGCCGCAUGGGGUCCGGAAGACAGAUCUGGAAUUCCACGGUCGACCUGGAAACAAAUUGUGCCUUCCAAAGAGUGGCUUUUCUAACUCAAGGUUGGUUACAUGUUAAGUGUGCUCCUAACUUAACAAUAAGCGCGUUCUCCUUCGGAGGAACUUUCUAACGUAGUGAUUUGUAGUUAACAGUGGCAGGUUGCCUCGUGGACGUCUUUUUUGCGUUAUAUAGGAAAGGAGACCUGAAUUUACCUCAGGUGGCAAGAAUGGAAGUACAUAAGUGCAUUUUAAUUUCUCUUUCUUUAACUUCUUUUUGUGAAUAUGUGAUUUUAAGUGUACACCACACCAAUUUAGUAAAAAUCUUAUACUUUGCCUACAUAGGCCUUUUCUGCAGAAUUUUUAAAGUUACCAAUGUCGUUAAGCAUCUUCAGCUGUGAUGGGUGAAAUGUGUACAAAACGAUGAGCGAGUCGUUACAAGUGCACACGGGAGGGGCUUCUGCUCAGAGUGUGUGUCAGAGCAGCUCUUGUACUUCAUGCCUUCAACUCCACAAAUGACCAUAUUCCUUAAAAUAAAACGUGAAGUUGUUUUUUAAUCGA